CCAUGGACGGUCGCGAACAAGCCUGUCUUCCCGGUCGGGAGGCUCUUCGCGAGGCCCUGACCAACUGCACGGACCCGGUGCGAGCCAUCGAAGAGUUUCAAGAGGAGAACGGGAUCCUGUUGCCUUCCUUGCGUCCCAUGAUGCCGCUGCUCGACUUGCACGGCGUCCGGCGCCUGGAGUUCCACACGUCCGUGCGCGACGAGCUCAAGGGACGUCUCAUGCAGCAGAUCGAGAGCCUCGCCAACCAAGAGGGCCGCGAGAAGCAGAAGAAGCUCGAGGAGAUGCUGGAGAGGAGCUUUCCGUUUAUCAAGGUGCCAGCCCUUCGUCCGGUGGUUAUGUGCCUACUGAGAAACAUGAAGUGCGUGGACGAGAAGUACAUCAAGCUGCUGGUCAGUGACAAGUCGCUCUACAAAGAAUGCGACAUUCAGGUAAAGCGUCAGAUCUGGCACGAGAACAAGGACCUCUUCGCGGAGGAGGUGCUCCCCCUCCUGUCCCAGUACGUGAACGAGAGGGAAGAAGCCCUGUGGGGGCUGACGGUGGCGGCCGAGUCGCCCUCCGCCUUCUUCGGAUCGACGCCCAAGCAGCGGCGCCAGGGAGCCGUGUUGCAGCGCCUCCUGGCUAUGGUGGACCGCAGCCUGGUCCUCUACGACAUGCUGGUGCAGAUCGUUCGCGCCGUGUACAGACGAACGCGCAACACUCACUACUGCACUCUGCGCGUCGAGCUGCUCAUGGCGCUGCACGAUUUGGAGGUCCAAGAAAUCACGGCCGUUGAUCGCUCCCACAAGUUCACCUGGUGUCUCGAUGCAUGCAUCCGGGAGAAGAACAUGGACGACAAACGGUCUCGAGAGCUGCGAUCCAUCCUUGAAAUCAAGCGGGGUCAGGAGGAACUGCUUUGCGACCUUUCCAUGACACUCUGUGACCCGUACGCCAUCAACUUCCUCGGCCAGUCAGCGUUGAAGACCAUGAUCCACCUCGUUAACAUAGAAGCCAUGCCGAGGCAUUCGGACCUUGAUAAUGGUAAUAAUAGGUAA